GGUGUCGGCGUGAGUUUGGUUGUGAAUCAUAUAGCACCCGCCAGCCCCCUCCCUGGUAACAUUACCGAGGCUGAGCGUCCGAGUUGAGGCACCUGCGGCCGAACGGAUUAUUUCUUGAGAACUAUUUAUCUCAGUUUUGUUUUGUUUUGUUUUGUUUGCAGCUUCAAAAAUCCGCGGACAUGUUCAACAGUAAUCAUCUCAGGGAGUUUGAUGAGGAUCCGUUCUGGUCGGAUCCAUUCCGGGCUCACAGGGAUCAUAUGCGGCACAUGAUGCGGAGCUUCUCUGAGCCAUUCGGCGGGCCCUUGAUGCCCAGUAUAACAGAUGGUAGAAGCCGUGGUAGUGACGUUGCAGGGCACCCUAGCUCAUCCCUGGCGCUGAGGGACGAACACAGGGAUAUGAGCCGCUCAUUGUUACCCUUUGGCAGUUUUGAGAGCACGGACAUGAUGAGGAAUCCUUUCGGCAUGUUCGACAACGUGAUGUCCAAUGUUAGAAACAGGAUGGAGGAGAUGCACAGAAACUUUGAGAACAUGUCCACAGAUUCAAACGCCCACUCAUUCAGCUCCUCAUCAGUCAUGACAUAUUCCAAGGUUGGAAAUGAGCCUCCCAAGGUCUUCCAGGCAAGCACAUCGACGCGCCGUGCCCCUGGAGGGAUCAAGGAGACCCGGCGAGCACUUAAAGACUCCGAGAGCGGCCUCGAAAAGAUGGCCAUUGGUCACCACAUCCAGGACAGGGGACAUGUUGUUGAAAAGAAAUACAACAACAAAACAGGAGAGAAGGAGUUCAUCCAGGACUUUCAGAAUUUGGAUGAAUCUGAAGCCCAGUCAUUUGACGAUGAGUGGCAGCAGGAGUUGUCCAAAUUUCAGUCAUCCGGCCCCAUGUCUCACCUGGAGGAACCCCGACUCCGUGGUGCUCACCGUGCAGCCAUCACCGGCCCUGAGCAGGCUCACAGACACCAAUCAAAGGGCAACGCUAGGGGAAAUGUGAAAUUCUCAGGCUCAACAAAGCAGUAAAAACAUCAUUUGUUUGCUUAUUAAAGUAUUUGUUAGUACA